UUUCUUACCAUCAGGGACCUUUCGUACAAUAAUUUCACCGGUGAUCUGCCAAGUUCAUUUGGGUCCUUGACAACCCUGGAAAGAUUAUUCCUGCAGAACAACAGAUUCACCGGAUCAGUCACCUACCUGGCUGAGCUUCCACUCAUUGAUUUGAACAUUCAAGACAAUCUGUUUAGCGGCCUUCUUCCCCAGCAUUUUCAGUCCAUACCAAACUUAUGGAUUGGAGGGAAUAAGUUCCAAACCGUGGACGGCUCUCCUCCCUGGGCAUUUCCCUUGGACAACGUACCCCUUGAGAAAAACACUAGUCGCCCACCCAUAACUCAGGCAAAUGCCAUCGAGAACUACGCUCCUAUUAGAGUAAGGAAACAAAAGAAGAAACAUAUCGGUCCUGGAGGAAUAGCUUUUAUGGUCGGUACAGGAACAUUAUUGGCAACAGGUUUGGCUCUCCUCAUUGCGAUCCGUUUGAAUAAGCUUUAUACAAAGAGACUGGAGAACUACGAAAGCGACCAUAGUGCAUUGCCUUCUUGUCCAAUCAGUGCGAGCAAAGAAGAUUCUACUACGGCAAUAGUCGAGAGCCAACAAAUCCCACCUUAUAAUGCUGCAUCCCUUUUGGGUCCAAGGCGGCUAACUUCCCAAACUCAUAAAAGAACUGGGGAAACAUCAAGAAAAAGCUUUUCCGGAAGAGACAGAUUCAAUGGAAGGAUAAAGGUUUAUACAGUAGCGGAGGUUCAGUUGGUUACAAACAGUUUCCAUGAAGACAACCUUCUGGGAGAAGGAUCCCUUGGUCCUGUUUAUAGAGCUGAAUUUUCUGAUAACAAGGUUUUAGCCGUGAAGAAUAUCAACAUGGCGGGCAUGUCUUUCAGUGAAGAGGAAAAGUUCUUAGAUGUCGUGAGCACGGCUUCCCGUUUGAAGCACCCUAACAUUGUUUCACUUAAAGGCUACUGUUUGGAGCAUGGACAACAUCUUCUUGUCUUUGAGUAUGUGAGAAAUUUAACUCUAGAUGAUGCUCUUCAUAGUACAGCAUACAAACCUUUAUCGUGGGGCACACGUCUCCGGAUCGCUCUAGGUGUUGGUCAGGCCCUGAACUAUUUGCACUCGACGUUCUCCCCUCCUGUCGCCCAUGGCAAAUUAAAGGCUACCAAUGUUCUACUGGACGAAAACCUUAUGCCUCGUGUUACUGACUGUGGCUUGGCUAUUCUGAGACCACUGACAAGCAAUAAAGCCAAAAACCGGGCUUCCGAGAUUGAUAUUAGAGAUACAGGAUACAGUUCACCUGACCAUGGCCAACCAGGAAUUGGCAGCACGAAGAGCGACAUCUUUGCCUUUGGCGUGUUGCUUCUUGAACUAUUAACAGGAAGAAAACCUUUCGAUGGUUCCAGGCCAAGGGAAGAGCACUAUCUGGCGAAGUGGGCUUCAUCAAGGCUUCAUGAUAGUGACAGUUUGGAACAAAUGGUAGAUCCAGCAAUCAAACGGACAUUUUCAUCCAAGGCUCUUUCUCGUUAUGCUGAUAUCAUCUCCCUCUGCAUUCAGCCCGUGAAGCAAUUUCGACCUCCAAUGUCUGAAAUCGUGGACAAUCUUGUAUCAUUUUCUCAAAAGCUUGUUUCAGAGAGUGGUGAAGCAGAUGAAACUGAACUUGAUCCACUUAACAUGUCUUUUCACACAACUAUCUCCCGCUUCAACGGUUCACCUGCUCUCAGCUACGUAUCCGCCUGAUGUGCAAACUGGUUAACAUUUUAACGUUCUAGAAAUUUAACUCCAUUUCUGCUCUCUUCUUUUUAUCGCCUUUGGCUUAUAAGGCGCAAACUUUUAAUUCCUUCGACGUGACAAAAAACUCAAUGGAUGAAAUAGCUGGAAUUUCGCCAAUGGAAAGGGUUAGCUUGAA